AUGAACUUACUACUGUACUUGCUUCUACUUGUCCCGUGGGUACUAGGUUCGGAAGAUGGGUGCCCUGCAAAAUGCACAUGUGAUAAGAAAGGAUUCACUGUGGAUUGCAGUAAUGCGGGAUUGACCCGAAUUCCAAAAGGAAUCUCCUCAAAUGUCCGAAGUCUUGUUCUCCGGAACAAUCGAAUCCACACGCUCAUAAAGUCGGAUCUCGAAGGGUUCCCACUGCUGGAAUCCCUAGUUCUCACUCAUAACAAAAUCAAAGUUGUGGAAGAGAACAUCCUUGACCAUCUCCCAGAGCUCAAACGUUUGUCGUUGUCUCACAACCUACUCGUCUACAUCCCACCACUUGCCUCUGAGUCCCGUCCGUUGGCCUCGUUGAAUUUGAAACGGAAUCACAUUCAAUUCAUUGACGAGCGGUGGCUGCUCCAAUACUUCCCGGAACUAGUGCAAAUUGAUCUAUCGCACAACAGAAUCCAAUCUUUGCGCACUAAACUGUUCGAGAACCUUCCAUCCCUCACUCACGCCCAUCUUCAUGCCAAUCCAUGGAAUUGUGAUUGCAGGGUAACAAAAGUCAAGGCCUUGUUGCGGAAAGUGGAAUGGGAGAGGAAAGCGUAUUGUACAAAUCCCGUUGAAUUACGUCAUCAGGCAAUAGAUGAGGUAGAAGAAUCACUUCUAAAAUGUGCAAAACCAGAGGAAGAAUCAUGGACUGGAGAUGAAUUCAAACUGGUUUGUACCAAGAAUGCAAGCAGCAGUAGACCAGUGGUUUGGCUAUACGAGAACGCCGAGGUAGACUCUUCCUCUUUGGAUGGGUAUGAAAUCCACGAUUCAGUGAUUACUGUACCACGGAAGACAAAUGUUAACCAGAUGACAUGUACUUACGAUUACGAGCAUGUUCCGCAUCAUAGACGCCUCCGCCAGAGUCACCAUUCCAAUGGAGCACCUCAGUUUACCUAUAAACCUAGAGACAACUCGUAUAGAGAAGGAUCCGAGGUCAAAGUGAAUUGUGAAGUUAUGGGAACUCCAAAACCAAGUAUUACCUGGUACCAUAAUGGUGUCAGAUUCGCGUCUUCUAGAAAGAAGCAACUUGGACUCUCCAACAAUGUGCUUAGGAUCUAUCCAUUCUUGGAGGAAGAUUCUGGAAGAUACACAUGUGAAGCUGUGAAUAGUCUUGGAAAAGUUAGCCAUACUUUCUCGUUGGAUUUGAUUAGUAGUAUUCCACCGAAUAUCUACGAGGGACCACAAUCGGUUAGCCAGAAUAUUGGAGGAGAAGUUGUGUUUGUUUGCAAGGCGAAGGGAAAUCCAACGCCUGACUAUACUUGGUCAUUUGAUGGAAGUACGAUCGGACAUAUUAAGGGAAGAUUCAUGGUCUCUGAUGAUGGUACUGAACUUCNAAUCUCAAACAUUGAGAAGAAAGACGAAGGAUACUAUUCUUGCAUGGCUGGUAACCCGGUUGGAGCAAUGAGUGCCGAUGCUAAACUUACUGUAAUUGGAGGAGAGACUCGGAAGUCAUCUACCCCUCAAAUUGAUGAAGAACUACUCCGAGCGAUCGCUCAGAAGGCAAGACAGAACGUGGAGAGUGCAGUGGAGAAGACUAGAAAACAGCUGAACCAGGAUAAGAUCACAAAUACGAAUGACUUGAAGAGACUAUUCAGAUUCUCCACUCCAAAACAGGCUGUAGAGUUGUCCAAGGCUAGAGAAAUCUAUGAAGAAUCAGUUCGCUUGGUGCGAGAGCAUGUGGAAAAGGGAUUGAUUCUGAAUGUAGACGAGCUUCAUCCUAACAAUGUUUCCUAUGAAUCUGUACUCCAUGUGACCCACGUUCAAGCUUUGAUGGGACUCAGUGGAUGUCAUACCGGUCAAUUCAAGAAUCCAUGCACUGAUACCUGCUUUCACAACAAGUAUAGAUCGUUCGAUGGACAGUGUAACAACAAGAACAAACCAAUGAAUGGAGUGUCCCUAAUGCCCCUCCGACGUCUUCUGAAGCCAGUGUACGAGAAUGGAUUCAAUACUCCAGUUGGCUGGGAGAAGGGAAAACUCUACAAUGGAUAUCCAAUGCCGAACGUUCGGGAAGUUUCUAGACAAUUGGUAGCCACGGAGACGAUCACUCCCCAUCGGAAGUUGUCUUCGAUGGUCAUGCAAUGGGGACAAUUCGUAGAUCAUGACCUGACACAUACAGUAACCGCACUUUCGAGACACAGUUAUGCGACAGGGGCGUUUUGUAACCGAACUUGUGAUAACCUGGAUCCUUGCUUCAAUAUCCCAUUGUCUCCUAGUGACCCAAGAGUCAUUAGUGAAAGUGCCAAGUACCCAUGCAUCGAGUUCGAAAGAAGUGCAGCUGUCUGUGGAUCUGGCGAAACUUCCCUUGUGUUCAAUAGAGUCACUUAUAGAGAACAGAUGAAUGCGCUCACCUCCUUCCUUGAUGCUUCCAAUGUCUACGGUAGCAAUGAAGUUCAAGCUCAGGAGCUUCGUGACACCUACAACAACAAUGGUCAGCUCAGAUACGACAUCACAUCUGCAGCUGGAAAGGAAUAUUUGCCAUUUGAGAAGGAUUCUAAUAUGGAUUGCCGCCGGAAUUUCAGUGAGGAGAACCCGAUUCGAUGCUUCUUGGCUGGCGAUUUAAGAGCGAAUGAGCAACUCGCUUUGGCGGCAACUCACACGAUUUUUGUUAGAGAGCAUAAUCGGAUUGCAAAGAAGUUGAAAAAGAUGAAUGGGAACUGGGAUGGAGAAGUGAUAUAUCAUGAGACAAGGAAGAUUAUUGGAGCUAUGAUGCAGCAUAUUACAUUUAAGCAUUGGUUGCCAGUGGUGUUCGGAGGACAGGAACAAAUGGACAAGUUUGUUGGAAAGUACCAGGGAUACGACCCGGCAAUUGAUUCAUCUGUGACUAAUGCAUUCGCAACGGCUGCUUUCCGAUUCGGUCACACAAUCAUCAACCCAACUCUGUUUCGUCUUGGAAAUGAUUUCAUGUCCAUCAAACAAGGACAUAUUGCCCUUCACAAAGCCUUCUUCACACCUGAACUAGUUUUGACUGAAGGAGGAAUCGAUCCCCUUCUUCGUGGAUUAUUCGCGAGUCCACUGAAACAUCCGAUGCCCACACAACUUUUGAAUAUGGAGUUGAUCGAGAAAUUGUUCAUGAAGGGUCAUGAGGUCUCUCUGGACUUGGCUGUUAUGAAUAUUCAAAGAUCGAGGGAUCACGGAUUGCCCAGCUACACUGAAUAUCGACAAUUCUGCAACCUUCCGGUUCCGGCGAGAUGGGAGGAUAUGAAGGGAUACAUCAAAGAUGAUAUGAUUAUUCAGAAGCUUCGAGGAUUGUAUGGAGUGCCACAGAACAUCGACUUAUGGGUCGGAGGAAUUGUUGAGGAGAAGUUGGAGAAUGGAUUGUUCGGACCGACUUUUGCAUGCAUCAUUGGAGAGCAGUUCAGGAAGAUGAGAGAUGGAGAUAGAUUCUGGUACGAGAAGGAUGGAGUUUUCACACCAGAACAAAUGAAGGAAAUCAAAAAGGUCACAUUGGCAAGGCUUUUGUGUGAUAAUGGAGACGAGAUUGACAGAAUUCAGAAGGACGUGUUCAUGUACCCUGGCAAAGAGAAGGAGAACUAUGGGAGAUGUGAGGAUACAGAGAUGAUGGAUCUGAAGGCGUGGAGCAAAUGUUGCGAUGAUGUUUGUCCGACGAUGUUGGAUAGAAUUUUGAGAAGCCGUCACCGCGGUUCCAGACUUCACGGAUGCAAUCAGAAUGGACUAUGGAGACCAGAGGGAGCGAAAUGGAUUCCUCCCAAUGAGUACUGUACCGAGGAAGCCGUGUUUGGUGCUCCACCAAAGAAGACUGUUCUGACAACCGAAGUCCAUUCUAGUCAACGAAAUUCUGUACUUUAUUAA